AACGAAACAAAAAUGACCAUAGAUAGAAGGGCCCCGCGCUUUGACUUGAAAUUUGUCAGGCAACGGUUAAGACUUUCAUUCUGUCUGAUCUUAUAGUGGCUGCCGGACGUGUCGAGAAUCGUAAGAAACAAGUGUUGAAAAUAAUCCAGGGAAAAUGAUCGGGAUACUGCUUAAUGUGUUAGAGUGGAUAGGACUCAGCCCUCUCCCCUAUAUUGCUGGACUUAUUGGCAGCACUGAACCUGCACUGAAGCUUUUGUUAUCAAUAUUACUAGCUUAUCCCUACGCAUGGAUGUAUCACAAGUAUUACUGGCACUCAGACAGGAAGUCUGUCAGAAAUAACCUGUACUUUAUCGUCGUGGGCCUUGAUUUGGCAUUCUACAAUUUUGGAAUAUCCCUAUAUCAUAAUAUUAUACCUGUUGUUGUGUUGUACCUAACGACACAGAUAUCCGAGGAUGGCAAGAUUAAUGCGAUAAUAACAUUUGUAUUCAACUUAACCUAUCUAAUAGUGGGUUACAUAGUAACAGAAUCUGAAGAUUACGAUAUCACUUGGACCAUGCCUCAUUGUGUACUAACGUUGAAACUAAUCGCAUUAUCAUUUGAUUUGUGGGAUGGUCAAUUGCUUCUUAAAAGAGAGAAGUUGUCUGCAAAUGCUCAAGAGACGGCUUUAGUGACACCCCCUACUUUCAUGGAGCUCCUCGGUUUCGUUUACUUCCCGGCUUGUUUCUUGGUUGGCCCAAUCUUCUCAUUUCAACGUUAUAAAAAAUACAUUGAAGGGAAGUUCCCCUUGGAAUCUGAAGCCGACGAAUGCCAAAAGCAAGGAAUGAUUAAAUUGAUUCAAGGAGCUCUGUAUUUGGUGGCGUUCCAAAUUGGAGGAAGCGUGUUCAGUAUGAAGUAUAUGCUGUCAGACGAGUUUUCGGAAAAUUCCUUCUUCUACAAACAUAUGUACUGCGGACUUUGGGCCCAUUUUGCACUGUACAAAUAUAUUGCAUGCUGGUUACUGACAGAAGCCGCCUGCAUCAGGUUCGGGCUAUCGUAUAAUGGAAUGGAGAUACCUGCCGGCGGCCUGUUGCCUAUAUCCAAAUGGGACGGAUGCAACAACAUCAAACUUCUACGAUUCGAAGGUGUCACCAAAUUUCAGCACUAUAUUGACACCUUCAAUUGCAAUACUAAUCAUUUCGCCGCAGAAUACAUUUACAAGAGACUUAAGUUCCUAGGCGACAGGAACCUAAGCCAACUUUUAACUCUUCUCUUCCUUGCAAUCUGGCAUGGCAUAAGGUCAGGUUAUUAUGUAACAUUUUUUAACGAAUUCAUAAUAAUUUACAUGGAAAAGGAAUUAGAAUCUAUACUUAAAAAAACGAUAAUAUAUGAAAAAAUGUGGUCAAAUGUAUUCAUUAAGUAUUUGAUGUACAUUUUUCUCAAAAUGUACACAAUUAUAUUCAUGGGCUGGAGUCUUGUACCUUUCGAUGUUAAGGUGUAUUCGAAGUGGUUGAAUGUGUAUUCUAGCCUAUAUUUUUCAGGAUUUUUGCUGUUUUUGCCUUGGGCUUUCGUUUAUAAACCUCUCCUGAUAAAAGCCAUUCACUAUUAUCGCAUUAAGCGAGAAGCAGCAGAAAAAAUAGAUUGAGGUUAACUAUGAGAAAACUAAUUGGCACUUUUGAAAUAUAUUUUAUUUUUAGUUCCUAGAGAUUGCUAGUGUUAGUCUACUUGUAAUCAUUUUCGAACCAAUUUCAUUGUUAUUGUUUGUUAAUUUAAUUGGCAACGUUAUACUUCCAAAACUUAAAGUAGGUACCUAGAUGUUUUGUAAUAAUAAAUUUUGGAAUAAAAUUCCCCUUAAUGUGUGAUAUCUGUCUGGUAAUUGGGUAUUGGUUGCCUCUUUAAAUUUCCAAUAAUAUUUGCAUAUAUUUCCAGUCUUAUUCCACGUCUUGCUUCUGCUAUUCCUGUUUCUAAACAAAUAAUGUAUUUUGUUGGGACUCCAUCAUUGUGGAACCGAUUCUUAUAUAUAUUCAUGUACACCUGUCUGAAAAUAUACAUUGGAAUCUUGUACUUAAAUACAAAUAUGAGUCUCGUAAAGUUGCAAAAUAACAUAUUGUUGCAAAGAGUUCAAAUCACAUAAGAGAAGAGUCUCGAUUUCCCGUUUCCUGCUAUGAUUUCCGCAACGGUUUAUGUCUCAUAAUAUUAAAAAUAUAUAUAUUAUGAGACAUAGAUGUUUAGAGCGUCUUGGCGCAAAAUGGUCUUUUUCUCACAAUGUCCAUUUCUCUUAAUGUCCUUUUCUCAAAAUGUCCAUAAUAAAAAAACUUUUUUAAUCAGUUGCUUAUCUAAAAUUAUCAUCAAAAACACGCAAGGACAUUUUGUCAAUUUUUCAAAAAAUCCCCUUCGCAAGGAAUCGUCUGGGUAUUUUUGUAAUAAGCUCCAUAUUUUUAUGCAUAUUAGAUAAAACAUUCAAUAAUAAACCUAAAUUGUGACUAUGAGGGGAGCUUGUAGAUUUGUUUUUCCAUUUGAUAAACUUACGGCUUAUAUGCAAAUAUUUUGUCUUGUAAAUUAAUUAUUUUUAAAGAGAAAAUGCAUAAUAAAUUGUGGAACGAUUUCAUUCUAUAUUUUUUAUGCUGUGACUGGCUUAAGGCCUGUUUUUAUUUUUAUUUUAUUUGGGAAACAUACAAUGUUGUGAGCAGGUAGGAAAACAUUUUGCAAACAUAAUAUUUAUACCUUACAUAUUGUUAAAUAUAAAACAAAGUCCUCAGCCGCGUCUGUCUGUCCGCGAUAAACUCAAAAACUACGGAGCGGAUUUUCAUGCGGUUUUCACCAAUAGAUUGUGUGAUUCUUGAGGAAGGUUUAGGUGAAUAAUUUAUUAUGUUUUACCCGAGCGAAGUCGGGACGUGCGGCGUUUAUAAUAAUUUACAUUUGUUUCAAAUUAUUUAUUUAAAAAAUAUGAGCAUGAAAUUUAAAUUAAUAAACCGUUCUCUUGUUUUUUUUUAGAAAAUAGAAAUACUGCUUACGUUACGAUCAAACAUUAUCAAUAUACUCAAAAUUAAUAGAAAUGAGUUAUAAUGAGGCGUUGUGCGUAACGCUUAACGACUUGUUAAAGUAAUAAUGUGUUAAAAAUUAAUUAAUUUAAAUCCUUUUGUAAUGGUUAUAUGUGAUAUGUUUAACGUGUCUGUUUCAAUGUACGUAUUCUUUAUUUACGUUUAUUAUUAAGUAGAUCGUAUUAGUGCGAGGGGAUAAUUUAAGUGUGCGCACAUUAGAUCAUCUUUAAUAGUAUUUUCUUAUGCCAAAUUAUUCAAUUUAUUUAGAGAAUUAAAUUUAAUCAUCUUUAUAAAAUUCUUAUAAUAUAUUUACUAUAAUUUAAUUUUAUUAAAAUGACAAUGUAAGAUUUAAUGAAUUUAAAUAGCAGAGGUUUUACCUAAUUACUGGAAUAAACUUUGCAAUAUAUUAUUAUUUUUAUUAA